AUGUUUAGGUGAGAGCUGUUCAGACCCUGUGAUCACCCCCUCUGCCUACACCACCUCUGAUGCCGUCAUCUCCUCUGAGUCUGUCUUUAUCGUGGAGCUCAGCCUGGCCUGCGCCAAUGGAGCCCAGGUACUGUAGUUUGACACGACAGACAGACACACCUCUCUCUUUCUCAUCACGCUCUAAAUGUGUAAUUUCCUUCAACAGAGUGUGGCUCUGUAUGCUGACGUCAAUGGCAGACAGUUCCCCGUGACCAGAGGCCAGGAUGUUGGCAAGUACCAGGUAAGAGAUGGCUCUGGUCUGAUGUGGACAUAUACUAUGGAUGUCCAAUAUACACUUAUCAAGAGUCACUUGAGCCUCUGUGCAUGCUGUGUGUUUGACUUAGUUUGUCAUGUCUUCACUCUGUCUCUCUCUGUGUUUCUCAGGUGUCCUGGAGCAUGCCCCACAAACAGGCUAGCUCUGGUACAUACCAGGUCAAAUUCUUCGAUGAGGAGUCCUAUAGCUCUUUGCGCAAGGUAGGUGCAUCAUUCCUAUUCAUCUGGCUAUGAGUAUAACUGGGGACUUUUGCCGCGUUUAAGACAACUCGGAACUCUGAAAUCUCUGACUUGGAAACUCAUAGAAAGAUGAGGUCUGAGUUUCCUGCUUGGAAAGUAUCAGAAUCAAUGAAUAGGAAGCUCUACGGCAAAACAUUUUAGCACAUUUUUACUCUGAGGUUCCUAGUUGUCUUGAACGCGGCAUCACUCACACUUGGCAAGAUAAUCAGCGACCUAGCUACCAGUAAUUUUAAAUGGAAGGAGGAGACACAGCGGCUUAAUGGUUGGCGACUAGACAGCAAGUGACCUGAGUUGAACGUUUCCCAAGUUCAUGCACAUUUCUGUGACGUGACUGCGCGACAGCCAAUCGGAAGAAGGCAGCUCUUGUUAGCAAGCUUUGACAUUGGCUAAAAACAACUGCGGUCAUGCAUGCUGUUUGAAAGAUACAACCACCAGGGGAGAUCUCAAUGACUUGAUUAUCUCUGCAAGUGUGAGUCCAGAGUAAAAUGUUUGUGCAUACUGUCAGAAAUGGCCUAUAGCCUUAUGCAAGUGUGUGUGUAUUUGUUUGUUUGUUUUUAGGCCCAGAGGAACAAUGAAGAUAGUGACUCCAUCCAGCCUCUCUUCUCUGUCAAUGUGGAUCACAGGGUGAGUCAGCAUAGACAGAAUAACAAAUUAAUACUUGAUGAAAGACACUCAUGUCUAUAGUACACGCAUUACACUUGGAAAAUGGAGACGUCACAAACGGCAGAAGAGUAAACAUUACUGAAGGCACCUUGCCGUUUUUGGAGACAGUGUUGUCUUUGGGAGCAAAAAGCAGUGGGUCGCAAACUUACGGUAAAUACGUGAAUUGUUUCCACAGUUAGCAAAGAUGUUUAUCUAGCUUGCAAAUGUUAUUUACAGUUACACAAAGCUCAGACACGUUUUUGCUACCUAAAGUAGCUCUGCUGUGUCUCCAAAAAAGACUAGGUGUCUCCAGUUGUUUACAUUUAUCAAUUGUGAUGCACCUUCCAUGUGUUUUCACACAUGAUGGAACUCUCGUAUCUAGUGUUUUUCAUUCUCAUCUGAGAUUCCUUCCUAACUGGUGCUGCGUUGUCUUGUUGUUUCUAGGGUGCAUGGAACGGCCCGUGGGUGGCUACUGAGGUUAUGGCUGCUCUCAUCGGCAUCCUGGUCUACUACCUGGCCUUCAACGUUAAGAGCACCAUCCAGGCAUAA